GGUGAAGACGUGUAUUAAAGAAGUACAGUGGUUUGGUUGGUUGGUGAACUACAGUGACUUCUUUGCAUCAACAUUUUCCUUUGAUUCCAACACGACAAUGGAGUCGCCAUUCAAGCCGGACAUUCUCAAAGGCAAAGUAGCCCUGUUAACCGGAGGAGCCUCCGGCAUCGGCUUCGAAAUCUCCACACACUUCGGCAAGCAUGGCGCUUCCAUCGCCGUCAUGGGCCGUCGCAAAACCGUCGUUGACUCCGCCGUCUCUUCCCUCCAGUCACUCGGUAUUCCGGCUGUCGGUUUUGCGGGUGAUGUUCGCAAGCAGGAAGAUGCAAAGAGAGUGAUAGAAUCAACUGUUAAACACUUUGGAAAGCUGGAUAUUCUUGUGAAUGCUGCAGCUGGGAAUUUUCUUGUUUCGCCCGAAGAUCUGUCUCCGAAUGGCUUUCGAACAGUAAUGGAUAUCGAUUCGGUUGGUACGUUUACUAUGUGCCAUGAAGCACUUAACUAUCUGAAGAAAGGAGGACCUGGAAGAAGCUCAGAUGAUAGUGGUGGGAUGAUACUGAAUAUCAGUGCCACCCUGCACUACACUGCUUCUUGGUAUCAAAUUCAUGUGGCUGCUGCUAAGGCUGCAGUGGAUGCUCUUACAAGAAAUCUGGCACUGGAAUGGGGAACGGAUUACGAUAUACGCGUCAACGGGAUUGCACCCGGACCGAUAGGUGACACUCCCGGCAUGAGGAAGCUCGGGCCAGACGAGAUAAAAAGCAAGACCAGGGAGAUGAUGCCUCUUUACAAACUUGGAGAAAAAUGGGAUAUUGCGGUUGCAGCCCUCUAUCUUGCAUCAAGUGCAGGUAAAUACGUGAACGGGAUGACCCUAGUUGUUGAUGGAGGACUGUGGUUGAGCCGUCCACGUCAUCUACCAAAGGAGGAAGUGAAAGCGCUUUCUAGGGUAGUAGAAAAACGCGCUCGAUCUGCACCGAUCGGGGUACCUAAAAGUAAACUCUAGAAAAUUGAAGUGUGAUGAGAACAACUAUUGGUAUUGAUGUAAUUUCCCGAAACGGAUUGUAAUCGCUCUAGCUGUUUUAUCAGUUAAAUAAAUUAUGAAUUUGAAAGUAUACAAAAAA